ACUUGCGGCGCGCGCGGCCCUGAAAGACGCCGGCGUUGCCCCGGCCAGCGAGACCGCUCUUGUCUCCUUUCGCGCCUCAAGAAUCGCCAGCAAACACAUCUUUUUGUUUGUUUCGAGAGCACGAGGAAACUCUUGCGGCGGGAACGCCUCCACAUUGCAGGAGCUCUCGGGUCCUAUGGCAGCGCUGAGGAUUCUCGAUGUCUACUGACGAGGUCGGUGCGCGCGCUUCGUGGACGUCGAUGAAAGGCGACCAGCAGCAGCAGCAGCAGCAGUCCGAGGUCACCGUCGACUUCUACAAAAAGCUGGUGAUCGUGGGUGAUGGCGGUUGCGGCAAGACGUCCUUGCUCAGCGCUUACGUCACCGGGGUCUUUCCCGAGCGCCUUCGCGCCACCGUGUUCGACACCGUGAUCACAGAGGUCACUGUCGGCAAGAAGAAGGUUCGUCUCAGCCUGUGCGACACGGCCGGCCAGGAGACGUACGACGUUCUGCGCACGCGCAGCUACGCCGACACCGACGUGGUCGUCAUCCUGUUCUCCAUCGACGCCCCCGAGAGCCUGGACAACGUCGAAGCCCGGUGGAGUCCCGAGGUGAAGCACUUCAGCCCCGACGUGCCCUUCCUGCUCGUCGGCAACAAGAAGGAUCUCAGGAACGACCCGGACACCAUCGAGGUCCUCCGAGAGCGGCGGCAGAGUCCGGUCUCGUACCAGGAAGGACUGGCUGUCGCCAAGAAGAUCAAGGCCAGGGGUUACCUCGAGUGCUCGGCUAAGGAUGGCACCGGGGUUACCGAGGUGAUCCAGAAGGCCUGCCGUCUAGCUAUCGGGCCAAGGAAGUCGAACUUCUUCAUCAAGCUCUUCUGCCACUCCUGCACCUGAGACUGCAAGCACCACGCAGGAUACCAUUCGCACGUCGCGCGCGAAAAUCGCGCACCUCCUCUGCGAGUCAUCGACUACGCAAUCGAUCAUGCCGCGAGAGGUUUACAGAGAACAAAAAUAAGACGCGCGCGACUCUCGCGCAUGACCAACCGAUGGGUUGCCAUUAAAAAAAAAAAAAAAAAAACAUCGCACCGAAGUUCAGCACAGUUAGUUGGGAACUAUCGAUCGCGACCAUGCCAGAUCGGGAUCGAGGGGGCCCCUGUGGCAGCGGGAUAACAGACGUGGAUCAAUAGAAUUGAAGUAUUAUGUGCUAUAUGCAUGUCUGGUCCUUCCAGUCUGUUGUUCACGUCUGUUAAGGGCAUCUAUAACGCAUUCUUAAUAGAUAAGACAGGCUGUCAGUUUGAGCGCACAUCCACGACACAUGCAUGCUAAAGCGAUGACGCCAUUCCACGCUCUAUUUUAAACAUUACACGGACCGUGCAAAACAGUUUGACAGUUUUUUCUCAGAAGACCGUAUGUUCUGAGGUUAAGAACUUCGGAUCGGAGAACGAAUCGGUAAGGUGAUCUGAGCGCAUGUUUGGAGAUGGUCGCAGGAACAUGCAAUUUGCACAUCACGGCAGCAUUGCGAAGUCUAGUACUUCUAAGUCUGCAGACCUCGCUCAUGUGUGAAGGAAGUCUGCAGACUUUGCACACAAUUUUGAAGAUGAGAAUGUUGCUUUCGCCAUUUUUUACCAAGCUGUUUGGCGCAAUAAUGUUUUUACUGUUUUUACGACACACACUUAUCAAAUGUAUAUAUCAGAUUAUCUUACUUUAGUAGCAAACAAUAAACUUUCUGUUUUGACAUGUUUCA